UUCAACUGAACGCAAUGAAUAUAUGUUAGUAAACACCCCAAAUCCGUGCUAAUUCUCCAAAAUGUUGUUUGGAAAAGAAGUGCCAUGGCGACGUUUGGAGGGCAUGUCGUUUGGCAUGUACUCUGCCGAAGAGAUAAGGAAGUUGAGCGUGAAGGCAAUCACUAACUCCAGGUUCCUUGAUGCGGUUGGGAACGUGGCCCCGAACAGCCUGUACGACCUGGCCCUGGGACCAGCAGACAGCAAAGAGGUGUGUUCAACCUGCUGUCAGGACUUCAACAACUGUCCAGGACACCUGGGCCAUGUCGAGCUGCCUCUACCUGUAUAUAACCCCCUGUUCUUUGAUAAACUCUACCUGUUGUUGCGUGGCUCCUGUCUGGCGUGUCACAUGUUAACAUGUCCCCGAGCUGCCAUCCACCUGCUGCUGAACCAGCUGAAGUUAGUGGACCAUGGAGCCAUGCAGGAGGUCUACCAGAUAGAACAAAUUCUCAACCAGUACCUGGAGGAGAAUCCCAAAGCCACUGGAGAUGAGAUUGAGCAGGUGCUUAAGGAGUUUACAGACACUGUCGUUGGAGUGAAUGCUGAAAGUCUGGAGAACGUCAGACCGAUUAAACACCUUGUUGAAAAGAAGAGUAGUCUGAUAAAUGACUUCUGGAGGAUCCACAUGAAAACCAGGAAGUGCCCUUACUGCAGGAGUGGGAGGUUUACGAUGCGUCGUGAACACAACAGUAAACUGAUCGUGACAAUGCCAUCAGGGGUGCGACCCAGCGGCGACACCGAUGAGGAUCUGAUUGCUGGAAAGAGAGUCUACAUGACAGCUAGUACAGCCAGAGAGCACACCCACAAACUGUGGAAGAAAGAAGCUUUCUUCUUGAAGUGCCUGUUCUCUGGGCUGGAGGAGGGGACAGUGUCGAAGGAGGGAGUGAAGGGUUUCUAUCCAGAUCUGUUCUUUCUGGAGCUGCUGGUGGUCCCACCUUGCAGGUAUCGUCCAAUCAACCGCCUGGGUGACCAGAUGUUUACAAACGGUCAGACAGUCAACAUGCAAGCUGUCAUGAAGGACUGCGGAGUCAUAAGGAAACUUCUCGCUCUCAUAGCAGGCGAGAAAACUGCUCAGGAAGAAGAGGCUCCCGAACAGACAGACCAGACUUUUUUGUCAGGGAUCCCCGGGCUGACGUUAACAGAUAAACUCUACAACAUCUGGAUCCGACUGCAGACCCAUGUUAACAUCGUCUUUGACAGUGACAUGGACAAAAUGAUGACAGAGAAAUACCCUGGAAUCAGACAGAUCUUGGAGAAGAAGGAAGGAUUAUUCCGGAAACAUAUGAUGGGAAAACGAGUGGACUACGCUGCAAGAUCUGUCAUCUGUCCAGACAUGUACAUAGGGACCAAUGAGAUAGGAAUACCUAUGGUGUUUGCCACCAAGCUGACCUACCCCCAGCCUGUCACUCCAUGGAACGUGAAGGAGCUCCGUCAGGCUGUUCUCAACGGGCCCAACAUCCACCCUGGUGCUUCCAUGGUGAUAAACGAGGACGGCCGGAGAACCAUCCUAUCUCCUACCAACCUUGCACAAAGAGAAGCUGUUGCUAAGCAGCUGCUAACACCAUGUCCUGAACCACAUAAGAUGCCCAUGAAGAUAGUGAAUCGUCACAUCAAGAAUGGAGAUGUUUUGUUACUGAACAGACAGCCAACCCUGCACAGACCGUCAAUACAAGCCCACUGUGCACGUAUAUUACCAGGGGAGAAGGUACUCAGACUCCACUAUGCCAACUGCAAAGCGUACAACGCUGACUUUGAUGGAGAUGAAAUGAACGCACACUUCCCUCAAAGUGAGCUGGCUAGAGCAGAGGCCUACACAUUAGUCAGCACUGACCAGCAGUACCUCGUCCCCAAGGAUGGUAAACCUUUAGCAGGUCUGAUCCAGGACCACAUGGUAUCGGGCACAAGGAUGACAAUACGAGGCUGUUUCUUCACCAGAGACCAAUACACCGAGUUGGUGUAUCGAGGACUAACGGACAAACAGGGCAGAAUUAAACUGCUGCCCCCGGCCAUACUCAAACCACAGCAGCUCUGGACAGGAAAGCAGGUGGUGUCUACGCUCCUGCUGAAUGUAAUCCCACAGAAGGCUGUGCCGCUCAACCUGGUCGGAAAAUCCAAAAUACCCAGCAAAGCCUGGAUCCAGGUCCCACCGCGAGCUGCUCCUGGCUACAGAUCUGACAGCAUGUGUGACUCACAGGUGGUGAUUCGUGAGGGAGAGCUGCUGGUGGGAGUUCUGGACAAAGCUCACUAUGGCUCCUCAGCCUACGGUCUGGUUCACUGCUGCUAUGAGCUGUAUGGAGGGCAGACCAGUGGCAAACUGCUCAGCUGUCUAGCUCGACUCUUCACCGCUUACUUGCAGCUGUACCGAGGCUUUACUCUGGGUGUGGAAGACAUCCUGGUGAAACGGGGCGCCAAUAGACAGAGGAAAAAAAUCAUCCAAGAGUCACUGAAGAUUGGCACCAAAGCUCUGCAGACAGCCUUCAACCUGCCCUCCAAUGUGGAUCAAACGGAGGCUCAGAGCCGCUGGCAGGAUGCUCACCUCAACCCAGACCAGAGAGACUUCAGCAUGGCCGACCACAAGUUCAAAGAAGUGGCCAACCAAGUCAAUAAUGACAUUAACAAGGUGUGCAUGCCAGUCGGACUCCACACCUCUUUCCCAGACAACAACCUCCAGCUGAUGGUCCAAUCAGGAGCCAAGGGAUCUACUGUAAACACCAUGCAGAUUUCGUGUCUUCUAGGUCAGAUUGAGUUGGAGGGCCGUAGGCCUCCACUGAUGCCUUCUGGGAAGUCUUUGCCGUGCUUCCAGCCCUACGAUCCAGCACCCGGUGCCGGGGGCUUCGUUUCAGGAAGGUUCCUCACAGGCAUCAAACCACAGGAAUUUUUCUUCCACUGUAUGGCCGGCAGAGAGGGACUGGUCGACACAGCCGUUAAAACGUCUAGAUCAGGCUACCUGCAGAGAUGUAUUAUAAAGCAUUUGGAGGGUUUGGUCGUACAGUACGAUCUGACGGUGAGGGACAGCGAUGGAUCUGUGGUCCAGUUCCUGUACGGUGAAGACGGGCUGGAUAUCCCCAAGACUCAGUUCCUGCAGCCAAGACAGUUCCCCUUCAUAGAGGAAAACUAUGAGGUCAUCAAGAGGUCCCAGGGUCUGGAUGGGGUUUUGGCACGUUUGGACACUCAGACUGCCAGUCAACACUUUGCUGCCAUCCAGCGCUGGAAGGAAAAGAGAGAGCUGGCAUGUCCACGGAGAGGAGCGUUCUUGCUGUUUUCCCAGAGGAAAUUGGCCAAACUGAAACCUAUGGAUCAAAGAGCAGAGUCAGGUGCAUACGGCAGAAAUGCUGCUGUACAGCAGGUCGUAGAGCAGUGGCACUCACUGGAUGAGUCGAGCAGAUCAAAAUACAACAGGAAGGCUUCCCGCUGCCCUGAGCCCUCUUUGAGCUUGUUUAGGCCAGAUGUCUGCUUCGGAUCAGUAUCUGAAAACUUUCACGGCAUCACAGAAAAAUACCUACAGAGCAGAGGCGGCCUGAGUGAAGACAGCCUGGACGCUGACAGCCUCCGUCAACUGUUUUACUAUAAGUGGCAGCGUUCACUAUGUGAUCCAGGUGAGGCAGUGGGUCUGCUGGCAGCUCAGUCCAUUGGGGAGCCCUCCACCCAAAUGACUCUCAACACCUUCCACUUUGCUGGGAGAGGGGAGAUGAACGUCACGUUGGGAAUACCUCGACUGAGGGAGAUCCUGAUGGUGGCCAGCUCCAAUAUUAAAACUCCCAUGAUGAGUGUUCCAGUGCUAAACAACAAGAAAGCCUUGAAGAGGGCCAAGACGCUUCGUAAAAAACUCACCAGAGUCUGUCUUGCUGAGGUUCUGCAGAAAGUCGAUGUCGUGGAAUCGUUAAGGAUUGGAAAGCAAAGGUUUCGGACAUUCAAAAUCACCUUCCACUUCCUGCCUCCUCACCGUUACUGUGACGAUAAGCUGCUGUCACCCACACAGAUCCUCCAUUACAUGGAAACAAGGUUUUUCCGUCUUCUCCUUGAAGCCAUUAAGAAGCGCAGCGCUAAGCUGGCUUCCAUUGCAGUAGAAUCGAGGAAGGCCACACUCAGAGAUAAGGACCAUGAUGGUGACGGAGCAGCUGACACAGCAGGGUUGGAUGAUGGGGAGGGAGAAGAGGAGCGAGAGAUUGUCGAUGACCAGGGCAACGAAGGAGACGCUGAUGCUUCAGAUGCCAAGCGAAAAGACAAACAGGAAGAAGAGGUGGACUAUGAGAGUGAGGAAGAGGAAGAUGGAGGUGAUGAGGGAGAGGAUAAAGAAGAUCAGGGGGAGGAGGUGGAGGAGAACUUGGAGAACACUCAGGAGGAGUCCCAGCCAGAAUCCACAGGAGUGGGGGCGGGAGGAGAAGAGACCUUGAACCAGAUGAGAGUAAACUCUGUUCUGCAGUCCAACCCGGCGAUAGAGAGAUAUUGCUAUGAUCUCAAGAAUGAACUGUGGUGUGAGGUCGACCUGGUUUUGCCGGUUAGCAAGGUGCACUUUGACUUGACUUCAGUCCUGUCAACGCUGGCCCACAACGCCGUCAUCAUGGAGACCAAAGGCUUGACACGCUGUCUGCUGAGCGAAACCACAACGAAAACUGGAGAGAAGGCGACGGUUCUCAACACAGAAGGAAUCAACAUGCACGAAAUGUUCAAGUACAGUGAUAUCUUGGACAUCAACAGACUGUACUCCAAUGAGGUCCAUGCCAUGGCGAACACGUAUGGCAUUGAAGUGGCUCUGAAAGUCAUAGAGAAGGAGAUCAAAGAUGUCUUUGCCGUCUAUGGUAUCGAGGUGGACCCUAGACAUCUGUCACUGGUAGCAGACUAUAUGUGUUUUGAAGGCGUAUAUAAGCCAUUAAAUAGGCACGCCAUCCGGUCCAACUCUUCCCCUCUGCAGCAGAUGACCUUUGAGACCAGCUACAAAUUCCUCAAACAGGCUACCAUGCUGGGAUCACAUGACAAGCUGGUGUCACCUUCAGCCUGCCUGGUGGUGGGGAAGGUUGUCAGAGGUGGAACUGGACUGUUUGAACUGAAGCAGCCUCUGCAGUAGGAGAGGACAUACUGCUGUCAGCAGUCGUAUCGGUCGGAUGUGAUGUAGAAAGACAAAUGUUGUGAACUGAUAUCACAGAGCUGGAGUGGAUUAACUUUCAGUCAGUAGGAUUCAUCAUCAGCUGACCAUGAACCCACGUUGCCUUCCCCAGCGCCGUGUGGCUAAGAAUUAGUGUAGUGCUAAAAAUAAAACUAAAAGGGCUGUAAACAUAAAAGUUAAAAAGUAACAGAAAAAAUGUAAUGAAAACAUAAAGUUUAUACAGUACAUGGUUGGAUCUAAAAUAAAACUUUCACAUUUUCUACAUUGAUGUUAAACAUUUUCACAUAGAAAUAAGUGUCUGUGUUGUUAUUUGUUUCUGAUUUACAGAUAAUUGCAGAAAGUUUUUCUAUAAGCAAAAUAAUGUUUAAUCAAUAAAAUGUGUGGGUUUAAUUGUAUCUAUCACUUUGUUAAGCAAAUAUGACCUGAUUUCUUGAAGAAUGUUUGAAACUUUCAUAAAAAUCGAGUCUCUGGGAAACAUUGUGAGGCACUUACCUUUUCUGACAAAUAAAUAAAAAUGACUUCUUUUUCUGA